UUCUCUCUCUGAGUUCCUGUUUAGUUUCAGUAAAGCGCCACAGUCGUGCUGAAGACUGCUCCUGUUGUUGCUGCCAUCAUUUCAGCGUCUAUGUAGGCUGAUGCUGAAGGAUGUGGUUACAUUUCCAUCUCUUUUCAUCUUAAGUGCUGGAUUACGCUUCGAGGACACUGGUUCCAUCUCACCCCGCAUGCUGACAAGAGGCAAAGAAAUCAUGGGUAGAGGCUAACAACUCCAGUAACAGUCAAGAUGCAGCACACCUCGUGCACAGAGGACCGGAUCCAGCACGCUCUGGAGAGAUGCCUGGAUGGACUCCGGCCAUCAGAAAGCCUGGCACAAUCCUGGAACGCUGGUUGGUGUAUGAACCGCUGGAGUCUAGAAGAGCUGUUAAAGAGAGACCCAGAGAACUUUCUCAUUCUACUGCAGCAAAUUCUCAGAAAAGCCAGAGAGAUUCAACAGGACUGUCAUUACGAGCUUGUGGCCCCCUUGGCUCUCAUGUUUGAGUCCACACUCCUGCAGGUGCCUUUUUGUCCAUCUAAUGGAGAGAUUCUGACAGAAGCUUGUGAAGUGUUUCAUGGCUUCCUAGCGUGGCCUGAACCCUACUGCAGUGUGUGUCGUAGCCUGCUCUCCACCUUACAUCAAGAGCUUAGAGUUCCAGGAAUUUCGUACCACAGACUGGUAAGAGAGGAACAAGGCCUUGCCGUCUCCAGUCAGCGUUCUAAGAUCAUUACGGUGUUGUUGAUGAACCCGGCUGAGGUGCCUGCUGAGUUCCUGUCUGUGGCGGAGCAGCUCAGUGGAGCGGAGGUCUCACAGAGAGAGAGUAGCGUUACACUCAUUAAACACAGCUUCCAGGCAGUGCUGGGAACUAAAUACCCACUACAGUCCAUCAGCGGUGCUCUGCAGUGCCUUGGUGACGAUGAGUUGGCACAGGUCCUGUCCUCAGUGAGUGACCUUCUAGAGUCUGCAGCGGCCAUGACAGAUAUAGCUAAAGCUCGAGAACAUGUGGAGAGUGGCCUGGAGACGCUGCGAGAAAAACUUGACAUACCAGCCUUCAAUGGCACGAUGUCAGAUGGGGUUCUUCAGACGCUCAGCCUUCCAGCAGCCAAGUGCUACACCUUCCAUUGGGACAAGGAUAAUUUUGAUGUCCUAAACGACCUUCUAGACAUAGAGUCUGAAUUGACCUUAUCUCAAACAUCUGAGGGCAUGGAGGAGGAUGAUGUAGACAAUGUUGACGUGGAAGAUGAUGAAUAUGAUGUCUUGGAGGAAGGGUUUGUAUCAAACGGUUGCGUUGACUAUCGUGCCUCAACAUUCUCCACUGUCUCCUCCCUUUCCACUGCCUCCAAAGACUCCAUGUUCUCCACGGUGUCGGUCGCUUCCUCCGAAUACUCUCCCCUCUCCACGCUUUCAUACUCAUCUCAAGCUUCGGGUACAGACAGUGACUUCUGUGAGGACGCAGAGGAGGACAGUCUGAGCACAGCAAAUGUGUCCAAGACCAAAACCACCGCACGACUUUCCAAGUGCCUCUCGCGACUCUUCAAACCUCGCAGCAGCAACUCUCUCUGUCGAGCCAAGAGCCUGGGCACCCCUGAGGCUAAAGAAUUAGUGAUCGUCCGCUCUAAGAGAUCCAAUUCUCUGCCACAGCAGGUGCGGCUACGGAACUCUGAUUUCGGGUUACCAGUGCCCCCCCUCUCGCAGCUGCAAUAUGUUUGCUACAGGAGAAGACCCAUUCUGAGUAGCGAUGAUGAGGAAGGGCCAACAGGGGCCACUACGCUCAGAGUGGUGGUGUUUGGGGCAGAUCAUGUGGCAGGGAGGGUUGCCCGUGCCUAUGGCAGUCUAAGGAAAAGAGAAAGAGACUGUCCGCACCUCACCAAAGCUUUCAGGAUGAAGUUUUUCUUUGUGCCUGUACGGAGGGAUACAACUCCAGCCAACUCUUCUUUGAGGAACUCGGGUUCUUCUCUGCAGCUCUCAGCAAGUCCACUGAAAUCAGCCAUCUCUAGCAUUGAUCUCAGUGUGAAUGGGACGGAGGACAGCACCAAUGACAUAGCUAAUCUGCUGGGAAUGCUGGAUCCCUGGUAUGAGCGUAACACUCUGAGCCUGCUGGACCUGCCCGUUAAUGUGUUGUGCCAGCAAACAUCAAAGAUUGACUCAGAUUUGUCCGAGGGCGCUGCUGAGGGGCGUUUACCGAUAUUUGCUGACCUGGUGCUCCAUUACUGCCGCCAUGCCGCCCGCCCUGCCCUCAUUCAACUCUAUCAAGCAGAGUUGACACUAGCUGGAGGAGAGAGACGGACUGAAGUGUUUAUUCAUUCUCUGGAGCUGGGCCACACAGCUGGUACAAGAGCCAUCAAGGCCAUGGGUGCUGCCAGUAAGAGAUUUGGCAUUGAUGGAGACCGUGAGGCUGUUCCUUUGUCCCUGGAAGUGACUUACAACAGAAUACAUGUCAGUGGCAGAAGUCAGAAGACGAUGUCAGAAAAGUCCUGCACCUCCAUAAACCUGUUAAAAGCCUGCAGGAAUCCUGAGGAACUAGAUUCUAAAAUGGAGUGCCUUCAUUUGACAAUGACAGAAGUGUUGAAGAGACAAAACUCUAAAUCAAAGAAAGGCUACAAUCAGCAACUGACCACAACACAAGUAAAAGUGGACAAGGUUCAGGUUAGCGGAACUUGCAACACCACCUUUGCAGUUUGUCUGGACCAAGAUGAGAAGAAAAUUUUGCAGAGUGUGACCAGGUGUGAGGUAUCAGUUUGUUAUAAGCCAGAUAGUUCGACUGAUUGGACGAAAGGAAGGGUGUUCACAUCUCAGACCCAGUCUCUGCAGCCAACCUUCUGCUCUCUUCUUUGCCUCCCUAUUGCCACUUUCAGUGGACCUCAGCCUUAAACCCAGAGAUCAGGCUUUAACUCAGACCUCCAGCCUAUAAGAAGCCUUAAGUCUGGUUAAAACAUUCAUACCAGUUUUUCACUUUCAGUUUCAAACUACAACUUUGCAUAUCGACUCUCAGGACAAAAGCUAAGAUACACUUUUGGGUCAAAGUUCCCUUUUAUUACAUUAUAUGAGCAUCAUGUCUAUGUACAUGUGGGGUUGUUUGCUUCAAACUUCUGAGAUUAGGAUAAUCGGAUCAGAAGUUGUUGUUUUUCUAAGGGUACAUCCUACUGAAUAUAAUUCGGUGGGCAAACUGAGACAAUUUUUGUGGACUUAUGACUAACAUCUAAAUCUGGUUAUGAGCCAAAAUCUGAAUCAUCCUUAACUAAGGUUUGGUAUGAAUGGGAUGUUAUUACUGGAUUUAUUUGGAACAAGGCCUGUCCUGGUUCUUAUUCAACUGGCAUGGAUUUCUAACUACUAGAAUACUCUUGUUAAUGUACAUAUUAACCAGCAUCCAAAUAAGCACUCUGGACAACUUAAUAAUUUGUUUGUAUAUAUGAUGUAAUUAUUUUAUGUAGCUAUCAUUAGAAUUCUCAGGAAAUAU